CCCCCCUCCCUCCCCUCCCCUCUCCCCUUCACUUCCUGCAGCGGCAGUGUUGUGCUGCCGUCGGCUUGUAAACAUGGCGACCGCUGGAGCAGCUGGAGACAACCUGAGGAAGGACCUGACAUGUGCCAUCUGUCUGGACAUCUUCAAGGACCCCGUCAUCCUCAAGUGCGGACAUAAUUUCUGCCGCUUCUGCAUCUGCAUGCACUGGGAUGAAAAUGGCGGAGACUAUGGCUAUCAGUGCCCUCAGUGCCGAACGGUGUUCACCAAGAGGAGCUUCACUAAAAACUACCUGGUGCAGAACCUGGUGGAGAAACUGGACGAUCUGGAGUGUCUGGGCUCUUGUCCUGCACAGUCUAAGCCCGUCAAAGUGGACGGGAAGUGUGAACAACAUGGAGAAGAGCUGAAGUUGUACUGUCAGACUGAUAAGAGGCUCAUCUGUGUAGUCUGCAGGGAAUCUAGAGCGCACAGACACCAUGAGGUAGCACCAGUGCCAGAAGUUGUGAACGACAUGAAGAUGGAGUUGAAGCUGAGGCUAAUGGAGCUCAACUGGCAGAAGUCUCAGUGUGUAAAAGUUAUGACAUCUGAUGAGCGCACCAAAAGUGAAGUCAGGUUGAAGAAACAGAGACUCAAGGAGAAGAUCGAGGCCGAUGUCGGGGCCUUGGUCCAGUUCUUGCUAGAUGAGAGGGACUCCUUGCUUGAGAGCCUGGAUGCAGAAGAAGUGGCCACCAUGGCUGUCAUCGACGACAACUUGAAGAUUGUGCAGACGGCGGCGGAAGCUGUGGACAAAGCUAUAACUAAUAUCCACAGCCACAUCAGUGGGAAAACCAGCUUUGAGAGCCUUGCUGAGACAUGCAAUGAAGUCCUUCACUGCAAGCUGCUCACACCUCUUGAGACGGUGAAUUGUCAGUCUGAAAUGACAGACUUCUCAGGACCCUACCAGCUCAUCAUGUGGAAGAAGAUGAUGCAUGUGCUGCAUACCAUGCCUCAGAACCUCACCUUAGACCCAGACACUGCUCAUCCAAACCUGCUCAUCUCGGACUUUGACACAAAAGUGGAGGAGGGCCGUGUUCGUAACCAGGAGCCAGACCUGCCAGCCCGCUUCAACCGGUUCUGCGGGGUCCUCGCCACGGCCCAGUACGCCAGUGGGCAGCACUACUGGGAGGUGGAUGUGAAGGACAAAGGUGUGUGGUACCUGGGCGUCACCACUGAGUGUAGCAACAGGAAGGGCUUUGUCAGCCUCACUCCCUCUGCGGGGUACUGGAGCCUGUGUCUGCAGGACCGGCUGUAUGCCAAUGGAGAGGACGGGCGCAUCCCUGUCGCUGACUACUGGAACUCUCCUCGAGUCGGCGUGUACCUGGACUACGACAACGGGCGUCUCUGUUUCUAUGACGCCGUCACAAUGAAGAGACUGUACAUGUUUGACACCUGCUUUGAAGAGCCCGUCUACCCUUUCUUCAGCCCAGGGAAGAAUGAUCCAGGCAGCAGGUUGCAGAUAUGCCACUAUUACUGAAAGAGCUGUAUUGAGUCUAAACUCAGCCAGGCUGGAGAACCAGGGUGACCCUUGGAGUCAUGUACUGUAUGCAUUUGAGCUGUUACUUGUUGGUCUUACUGGUGUGUUUAUCUAAAAAAGAGGGGAAAAAAAAGGUUACACUGAAGAGUUGCAGCUCUGUGUCUCGUCACACUGCAGCUGCAGUGCAGAGCUUCAUUUUCUCGUUCGAAUGUUUUCAAAAUCCUUCAUCUUAGACACACACUGUAGGCUUAUACCCCUGACUACUGUGGCUGGGGCUUAGGAGAGGUGCUUCGCUGUCUGUGUCACUGUCUGCUGGGAUGCAGAUGCCUCAAAUGCUCCCAUUGAUCAGAGAAUCUACAGUCCCAUUAGUAACUGUCAUGCCAUACCGCUGUACAUUACUCACGUUGUUGCCAUGCGGGGUCUGUGUUUCCUUUUGUUAGGUGGAACAUGAAGGACAUAAGACAUAGUUAUCACAUUGAUAGCUGUUGACAGUAUACAAAAAAAAAACCUUCAUUAAUGUAAGCAGUGCUGAGAGUCUGACUGAAAUUGAAAUAUUGACUCAUUGGCCAGCUUGUGCUGAGAUUUCAGGUUCGACUUCCAGGUUGUACAGUCACAUUUUGCAGCUUAUUUUAGUAAAGACACUGAAGGUGUGAAUUCAGGUCAUUGUUUUUUUGUGUUUCUUUUUUAUUUUUAUUUUUAAAAUUUGGAAUAUUUUAUCAGUGUGCUUGAUAAAGUCAAAGUAAACAUUCUAACAGCAAAUUGUGACGCUUUCCAGCCAGGUCCAUACAUGUUUACAAUUUGAUUCACUCAGCAUGUUUUAAUGUAAGACAUUCCAUCAGAGCAGCUGCAUUUCCUUUAGUUUGUAAUAAUUCUGCUGUUUAAAUGCUAGCUGUGAAGUUCAGCUGCAAGUUGGUCCUGACACUUUUAGGUUUAUUCUCCAGCUCGUCCAAUGUGAUUUAUUUAUUUUUUUAAUUCGAUUUUUGAGGAUAAAAAAAGCGUCUCUAUGGGAAAUUUUAUAUAAAUUUUUUCCCUUUUUAUAAACCUGAGACCUCAACAUUUUAUUUGAGAUGAUCUUCAAGGGGUUUUAUUUUUGCUCAUGCAGUUUCCAACAGUGUGGUUAUGGACUACAAGUGGGAUGUUGUCACUUUACAGGGACAUGCAGUGUUUUUCUUUCUUUCUUGAUUGAGGAGCAUAGUAGAUCCACAACAGUCCUGAUCAUAUUUGAGAUUUGGCUGUAGUUAUCUAUCUAUGUCCGGUUGCUUCUUUUCACGUGUUUAGACGGGAAACGCUGUGCUCUUUAAAGGUGGAGUCAGUCAUUCAGGAGAACGAUUCCCCACCUUUUUAACUUUUCAGUGUUUGCUGAUACAUGUUUUGUGUGAGAACAUUUCAUUGAACACCUACAUAAUGUUCACUGCUGUGUUUCGUUCAGAUCUUCCGUCUAGCAGUUUUUGCGCUGUGUCUUGAUAAAUGUGACAUAAAAAUCUUCUUGUAGUCCCUGUUUGUGGCCCUUUGACCUACUCUGAAUGUGCUCAGUGUUCUCAGACUUUACAAUGAGAUUAAAAAGGGAACAAGA